AUGAUACUCACAGCAGCUCUUGCGUUUCUCAACGCACUUGUUUGCCUUGCAGCAGCUAAUGCCGCGAUAGACGUAACUGUUCCUCGCACCCCUGUGCAAAAUGACUAUCCACCAAAUGGGCCUCAGCUACCAGCUAAUCCUCCAGGAAACAAAACCUAUGAAUACAUCGUUGUUGGGUCAGGGGCUGGCGGUUCUCCCCUUGCAGCUCGUUUAGCCCUCGCAGGCCAUAGUGUAUUACUAAUCGACGCUGGAGGCGACUAUGGCGCAAUACGCGAGGUCGAAGUUCCGUCUCUGUACAUCGGGGCAUCAGAGAGAAACGAGCUUAAUUGGGGAUACUUCACACGACAUUACACCAACGAAACCCAAACCAAACGUGACAGAAAGCUGACCUACCUAACUCCAAAUGGCGAAUAUUACAGUGGCGUUAACCCCCCAAAGGGCUCGAAGAUGCUCGGAAACUAUUACCCUCGCGUGGGUGGAUUAGGGGGUUGCACAGAACAUCUAGCCCUACUAGCCGUUCUGCCAGCAAAUGACGACUGGGAGUAUAUCAAGAAUUUAACUGGCGAUAAAAAUUGGGGUGCAAGGAACAUGAGGGGAUAUUUUAAGAUGAUGGAGAAGAACCAAUACCUCUCCGCUCGGGAAGAUGUAACCAAGGCUCACGGGUUUAGUGGAUGGCUAUCGACUACAAUAGAACCCAUGGGGCUAUUUACACCGGAUAUUAAAAUGGAUUCUAUUUUUCUAUCUGCAGCAUCUUCAAGAGGUCUUGACACAAGUGGUCUCCUAAAAAGUAUCCAGCAAGCUGUUGGUAGCGUUGCCACGAAAGUGUUGGCAUCAAAUUCUACCGCCUCGAUCGCAAACAGCCUUUCUAAGCUCCUGGCCUAUGACAUCAACAACAAUUCCCCGGAUCGCGACAGGAAAGAUACGCUCGCACGUAUCCCCCUAUCCAUCAACUCGCCCGAUUGGAAACGAUCCUCGCCACGCGACUUGGUAUAUAAGAUAGCCACAGCGAAAAACGCUAACGGAUCAAAGAAAUACCGCCUGGACAUCGCGCUUCACACGCUUGCCACAAAAGUAGUCUUCAACACCAAAGGCGCCAAGCCCAAAGCCACCGGAAUCGAGUACCUCUACGGCGAAGCGCUCUACCGCGCAGACCCGCGAUCCAACAGCACCCACACCGGCACCCCCGGCUCUGUACGCGCAUCCCGCGAAGUCAUCCUAGCAGGCGGCGCCUUCAACACGCCGCAACUACUAAAGCUCUCCGGCAUAGGUCCUGCAUCCGAGCUAAAAGCGCACAAAAUCCCCCUCGUGAAAAACCUGCCGGGAGUCGGAGGCAACCUGCAAGACAGGUACGAAAUCGGGGUAUCAGCCGCAGCGCCGCAGAACUUCACGCUGUUCGCAAACUGCACGUUUAUUACGACGGCAGACGACCCGUGCUAUGCGUCCUGGGCGCACAACGGAAACACCAACUCCAGUAACAGUGUUACUCACAAACCCGUCAACGGCAACGGCAGCGAUCCCGCAGUCCUAGCCCGCGGGCCCUACGCAACAAACGGGCUCGCACUCGGUCUCUGGACACGGUCCUCCGUCGCAGGCCGCGUGCACGAUCUCUGGGCCGGCGGCGUGCCGGGUUUGUUCCAGGGGUACUUCCCCGGGAUGUCGCAGACGGUGGUGACUCCCAGCGCGAAAAACUACUUCACGUGGCUCGUGCUCAAAGCGCAUUCGCGGAAUAACGGUGGCACCGUGAAUCUCACGUCCGCGGACCCGCGGGACACGCCGGAGAUCACGUUCCGCAGUUUUGGGGAGGGGAGUGUUCGCGGCGAGGAGCUGGCGAAGCUGGAUUUGAAGGCGGCGGUUGAGGGGAUGAAGUGGGGGAUCAGGGUUUUUGAGAAGGUUAGGGAGGUUGGUGGCGUGGGCGUGGAACGCGUCUGGCCGCCUGAGAGUGUGAGGUCGGAUGAGGAGAUUGAGGAGUGGGUUAGGGACGAGGCGUGGGGACACCAUGCUUCGUGUACUUGUCCCAUCGGCGCUGAUGGCGACCCGUUGGCGGUUUUGGAUGGGCAGUUGAGGGUAAGAGGGGUCGCUGGGUUGAGGGUCGUGGAUGCGUCGGCUUUUCCUAAGAUUCCGGGCACUUUUCCAGCGGUCGCUAUUUACCAGCUCGCUUAUAAGGCGGCGGAGGAUAUCCUUGCGGAUGCGAGAAGAUGA